AGACGCUCCUCGUUACCAAGGCAGCCAGGAAGUAAGGCGGAAGUCAACGACACGUCACUUUUUUUCUUUUUUUUUUUACAUUUUAAACCAACUUUUGAGCAUGACGGGGUUUCUGCGUUUCAGUGGGUGUUUAACUACCGCCAUGUUAUCGUGUGGAAACUUGUUUGCCAGUAACAAAACCGUAGUUUGGCGCGAAUGCUAGUGAUGCUAACGCUACAAGUUGUUUUUGCUAGCUAGUUUAGCUUCAACCAGCUAGCUUUAGCAAGAGCAUCUAUGCGCCCGCCAUCAUGGGCACGGCGUCCUCCCUGGUCAGCCCGGGCGAGGUGAUCGAGGACGGCUACGGGGGCGACGGCGGAGAGGCCUGUGAGAUCCCCGUGGAGGUCAAGCCCAAAGCCCGGCUACUGCGCAGCUCCUUCCGCAGGGGACCCCGGGUGAUCGGCGCCAGUUUCAAGUCGACGGGCUCCGUGGACCUGGAGUACGCCGCCGAGUACGAACGCCUCCGGAAAGAGUACGAGAUCUUCCGUGUCAGCAAGAACAACGAGAUUGCGUCGAUGCAAAAGAAGGAGGCCAAGCUGGAUGAGGAGAACAAGAGGCUGAGAGCCGAGCUACAGGCUUUGCAGAAGACCUACCAGAAGAUCCUGAGGGAGAAGGAGAACGCGUUGGAGACAAAGUACCAGGCCAUGGAGAGGGCUUCCACCUUUGAGCACGACCGGGACAAAGUGAAAAGACAAUUUAAGAUCUUUCGGGAGACGAAGGAGAAGGAGAUUCAGGAUCUCCUUCGUGCUAAGAGGGACUUGGAAUCCAAACUGCAACAGCUGCAAGCUCAGGGCAUCCAGGUUUACUCUCCCAAUGAUUCGGAUUCAGACGACAACCAAACCACUGUGACAGCUGCAGGUAACCAGUGUGAGUACUGGACCGGAGGUGUGCUGGGAAGUGAGCCCUCCAUGGGCAGCAUGAUGCAACUGCAGCAGAUGUUUAGAGGACCAGAGUUGGCACACAGCCUAAUCGAUGUGGAGGGCCCCUUUGCCAAUGUGAGCAGAGAUGAUUGGGAUGCUGCAGUGGCCAGUCUGCUGCAGGUGUCUCCACAUGUGCCACAGGCCUUGUGGAGCAACACGGUGCGCUGCUACUUCAUCUCCACAUCAGAGACCAAAGCAGAGAUGGACAUCUUUAGCAAGAAACACUCUCCUGCCCUAAGGAGGCUGUGUGAGGCUCUGGGACAUUUCUAUCUAAACGUCUGCUUUCCAAAAGACAAUGCUGCCUUGUACGCUUUGGUACGAAAGCAGGAGAUAGAGAGGAGUUCCGUGUGUGUGCUGCUUCUCAAAUCCACCGUCAGCAGCUCUGUGGUGGAGGACUGCCAGGAGGCGUUUGUGAAAAAUCCAGAUGGCCAUCCUUUAAUGCUGUACCUCAAGACUCAAGAAGACGCUGACCUGUCGGGCCCGACGAGGACACUUCUGGAGAGGCUCAAUGCUGCCGACACCGCUGCUAAGAUUAAGGUGCUGGAUCACAGCGGUUCUGCAGAGGAUGGGGCUGCCCUCAUUUCUGCUCAGCUGGAGAAAGUCAUCAAGCAGGAGUUACUCGGUCUUGAAGGAGCAGACGUGGACCCAAAGGACCCUGGGCUUGACGACGUCCGUGAGGAAGACUCGUGCGAUGUCCUGUGGGACCUUCAUGAUGAGCAGGAGCAGAUGGAGUCCUACCACCAGGCUUGCAGCAGCACCGCCUCUCAGAUGGGAUUCCAGAAGUAUGUGGAGCGUCUCAACGACAUGAUCGCCGCCCCUCCUCCGACGCCCCCUCUGCUGGUGUCAGGUGGGCCAGGCUCUGGAAAGUCCCUCCUGCUCGCCAAAUGGAUCGAACUGCAGCAGAAGCAGACCCCCAACACCUUGUUCCUGUACCAUUUUGUUGGACACCCCUUUUCCUCCAGCUCAGAGCCUGUCCUUAUCAUCAAGCGCCUCACGGUCAAACUACUCCAACACUUCUGGUCCAUUUUGGGCUUGUCCAUGGAGCCCGGCAAGAUCUUGGAGGAGUUCCCACGCUGGCUGGAGAGGCUGUCGGCGCGUCACCACGGCAACAUCAUCAUCAUUAUUGACUCUAUUGACCAAAUACAGCAAGCAGAAAGACACAUGAAGUGGCUGCUUGACCCGCUGCCCGUCAAUGUCAGAGUGGUUGUGUCUGUCAACGUGGAGACAUGUCCUCAAGCCUGGAGACUGUGGCCCACUCUCCACCUGGAUCCCCUGAGUGUCACGGAGGUCAGGAAUGUGGUGACUGCAGAGUGCCAAAGCAUGGAUCUCCAACUGUCCAAGGAUCAGGAGAAGAAGCUGGAGAAGCAUUGCCGUUCUGCAUCGACCUGCAACGCUCUAUACGUCACACUGUUAGCAAGGAUAAUCACCAGUAGCUGGUGCUGGUCGCUGGAGAAGAGCCUUGAGCAGUGCCUCCAGUGUCAGGACACCUUGGCACUCUACCGCCUCGCGCUCCAAAUGAUUCUGGACAGCUCAGAAAGAGAGCAACACUUCAUGAGAGAAAUACUCUGCCUUGUGUAUUCUAGCCACAAUGGAGUGAGUGAAUCAGAGCUUCUAGAUCUUUUCCCAGAAAUGGAAUUCGCUGUGCUGUCCUCACUGCUGUACCGUCUGAGCAGACUCUGCAUCGUCACCCUGCGCUGUGGCCUUAUCAGGUUCCAGCACUUGCAGGUGUGGGAAGCAGUGAGGUUGGAGUUCCUGAGCAGUGGAUGCAGCGCCGGUACCUACAGGGACAAACUGAUCCACUACUUUAGCCAGCAACUCAGUCAUGACGGUGUGACGUGGCGUGUUGCAGACGAGUUGCCCUGGUUGCUGCAGCAACAGGAGGAAAAAAGCAAACUCCAACUCAGCCUCUUGAAUCUGUUUGUGUCCCAGAACCUUUACAAAAGGGGCCAUUUCUCUGAGCUGCUGGCCUACUGGCAGUAUGUGGGCAAGGACAAGAGCUCCAUGGCCACAGAGUACUUUGAUGCGCUGAAACACUAUGAAAAGAACUGCGCCAGUGAGGACAGCAUGAGGAACCUGGCCAACUUGUACGAGACCUUGGGGCGCUUCCUGAAAGACCUGGGCCUCCCCAGUCAGGCCAUGGCUCCUCUGCAACGGUCACUUGAGAUCAGGGAGACCGCCCUGGACCCAGACCACCCGAGUGUGGCGCGCUCCUUGCACCAGCUGGCCGGGGUCUACGUCCAGUGGAAGAAGUACGGCAAUGCGGAGCAGCUCUACAAGCAGGCGCUGGAGAUCAGCGAGAACGCCUACGGGCCCGAGCACGCCAGCGUGGCGCGGGAGUUGGAGUCCCUCGCUGUGCUCUACCAGAAACAGAACAAGUAUGAACAAGCUGAGAAGCUAAAGAAGAGGUCCAUGAAGAUAAGGCAGAAAACUGCUCACCAGAAAGGUCACAUGUACGGCUUCACUUUGUUGCGUCGCCGAGCCCUCCAGCUUGAAGAGCUCACCCUGGGCACAGACUCUGCGGACUGCGCCAAAACUCUCAAUGAAUUGGGCGUGCUCUACUACCUCCAAAACAACCUGGACGCGGCCAAGGUGUUCCUGACCCGCUCCCUGCAGAUGCGCCAGCGGGUCCUGGGUCCCGAUCAUCCUGACUGCGCUCAGUCCCUCAACAACCUGGCAGCUCUUCACACAGAGAAGCGGGACUACGAAGCGGCCGAGGACAUGUACGAGAGGGCGCUGGACAUCCGCAAAAGGGCCCUGUCCCCCGACCACCCUUCGCUGGCCUACACGCUCAAACACCUGGCCAUGCUGUACAAGCGCAGGGGGAAGCUGGAGAAGGCGGUGCCACUCUAUGAGCUCUCGCUGGACAUCAGAGAAAAGAGUUUUGGGCCCAAACACCCCAGUGUGGCCACAGCACUGGUCAACCUGGCAGUGAGCUACUGCCAGCUGAAGAAGCACAGUGAAGCCUUGCCUCUCUACGAGCGAGCACUGAAAGUGUACGAGGACACUUUGGGACGCUCACACCCCCGCGUUGGAGAGACUCUGAAGAAUCUUGCCGUGCUCAGCUACGAAGAGGGCGAUUUCGAAAAGGCGGCCGAGCUCUACAAGCGUGCCAUGGAGAUCAAAGAGGCGGAGCCAUCGCUGGUGUGUGGAAACGCGCCCUCACGCCAUUCAUCCAGCGUGGAGACCUUCAGCAUGAGGGGACCUGCCCCUCUCCCUCCUGGCCCCAGUGCCGGACAGUCCAAUCCUACUUUCCUCAUCCAGACACCUUCCAGGAGUUAUGUGCUCAGAAAGAAGCCUCCUGGGGCGCUGCUCCCGGGAGCUCAUAAAGUGGAUCGUGAAUAUCAGGUCCAAAAGGCCUUGUAUUCCGCUGGUUUCCCUGUGCCUAAGCCCCUUCUGCACUGCACUGAUGAUGAUGUCAUUGGAACAGAGUUCUACCUGAUGGAGCAUGUCGCGGGCCGCAUAUUCCGGGACCUCCGUCUGCCUGGAGUGAGCCCAGCAGAGAGAGCAGCUCUGUACGUGGCUGCAGUGGAGACCCUGGCCAAGCUGCAUUCACUGGACCUGGGAGCAUUGAAGCUCGACGCCUAUGGCAAAGGAGCAGGCUACUGUCGGAGACAGGUGUCCACUUGGACCAAGCAGUACACCGCGUCCGCUCACAGGGACAUCCCGGCCAUGAAUGAGCUGUCCAAUUGGUUAGUUAGCAAUUUGCCAGCCAACGACGAAGAGGUCACACUCGUCCAUGGAGAUUUCAGAGUGGACAAUUUGAUAUUCCAUCCCACUGAGGCUCGCGUGCUGGCAGUGUUGGACUGGGAGCUGUCCACCACUGGGCAACCUCUCGCAGACCUGGCCUACUUCCUCAUGCCUCACUACUGGUCCCCAGGCCUCACCAAACUGAGCACUAUGGGCAGCCUAAACGGAAUACAAGGUAUUCCCACAGUGGACAACCUGAUCUCCGUAUAUAGGCGCUGCCGGGGGAUCCCGUCUGCUUUGCCACCGUUGAAUUUUUAUCUGGGUCUAUCUUUCUUCAAGAUGGCAGGAAUAGCUCAGGGAGUAUAUGCACGCCACCUACUGGGCAAUGCCAGCGCUGCCAACGCGGCCGAGUUUGGCCAUUGUGUGGAGCCCCUGGCCGCGUCGGCCCUGCAGCUCAUACAGAGACCUCUGGCUGCUCCACAGGAAGCCAGGCUGUUUUUGCAGACAACCAAAGGCCAGGCGGUGCUACAGCAGGUGAAGGGCUUCAUGAAGCAAUUUGUGCUUCCCGCUCAGAAGGAAGUUGCAGACUACUACAUCCAACAUGCUCACUCCCCUUUAAGGUGGAACACCCCCCAAAUAAUAGAAGACUUAAAGGUGAAAGCCAGGAAGAUGGGGCUGUGGAACCUUUUUCUGCCGGCCGCCAGCGGACUCACUCAGCUGGACUAUGCCUUCAUCGCCGAGGAGACUGGACGCUGCCUCUUUGCCCCAGAAGUUUUUAACUGCCAGGCGCCUGACACGGGAAACAUGGAGGUUCUCCACAUGUUUGGCACGGACGAGCAAAAAAAGAAGUGGUUGGAACCCCUGAUGAGAGGAGAGAUGCGCUCGUGUUUCUGUAUGACAGAGCCUGAUGUGGCCUCGAGUGAUGCAACCAACAUGGAGUGCAGUCUUUACAAGGAGAAAGACAGCUUCGUCAUCAACGGAAAAAAGUGGUGGAGCAGCGGUGCAGGACAUGCGCGAUGCAAAGUGGCCAUUGUCAUGUGCACUACCACCACAACCAGCACCGCCACCAGACAUGGCCAACACAGUAUGAUCCUGGUGCCUUUGGACACUGCUGGUGUCAAGCUGGUCAGGCCACUCACUGUCUUCGGACAGGACGAUGCCAUCCAUGGUGGACACUUUGAGGUUCACUUUGAAAACGUGCGAGUCCCCGCCUCAAACAUAAUUCUGGGCGAGGGCCGAGGUUUUGAGAUAGCUCAAGCUCGUCUGGGAGCGGGUCGGCUGCAUCACUGCAUGAGAGCUGUGGGUAUGGCCGAGCUGGCGCUGGAGCUGCUGUGCCAGCGCGCCGCCUCCAGGAGAACUUUUGGCAAGAAACUGUACCAACAUGAGGUGGUGGCUCACUGGAUAGCGGAGUGCCGCCUCAUGAUCGAGCAGAGCCGCCUGCUGACGCUUAGUGCUGCACACGCUCUCGACACGCUGGGAGGACGUGCCGCUCGCAAACAGAUAGCGAUGGUAAAGGUGGCAGCAGCCAGGAUGGCGUGCAAAGUGCUGGACUGUGCGAUACAAGUGCACGGAGGCGCGGGUGUGUCUGGAGACUUCCCCCUGGCUCACUUGUACGCCUAUGCUAGGACUUUACGCAUCGCUGAUGGACCGGAUGAGGUGCACCUGUCCACCAUCGCUGGUCUGGAACUGAGGGAUCAACUGGCCAAAGCUAAACUGUGACAUUAUCACGGACACGAGCAACACAUUUUUAUGGAUUCCUACCUUCUAGUCUUCUUUCUCGAUCCACUUGCUCCUGAUUGCUUUAGGCAGGCUUCUUGGUCUUCUUCCCAGACUCCAUCUCAUCUUGGAACAGGCUUGAAUGCAGGCUGCUCUUUAAGAACCACAACAGGAAAAAUAAACAAGUAAUUUACUUUAGAUAAAAAAAUUGUUUUUAAAUACUCAAUGUAAUAUAACUGAAAACAAAUUACCUUUAUUCUCACCUUAAUUUGUAUCAGGCUUAGGGUUGCAAAAUUCCGGGAAUAUUCAAAGUUGGAAACUUUCCACGGGAAAUAAUGGGAAAGUAAUGGGAAUAAACAUUGAAUGCAACAUGCUAGAUCUUGCAGCAUGAUUAUUAGCUAAAACAACCUGAUUUAAUGCAAAUUCAGUUGAAUUUUAACCCUUAACUGUGCAUUCCUCCAUCACAUGUGCAGUGCAUUCUUCCAUCACAUGCACAGAUCAUUCCCAGCAUGCUACACACUACAGGCCACACUAGUUUUUGAGCCCAAGGACUUCAUCCAGUCAGGUAAGUUUUAAUGAUAUUACUGGGGUAAAUAUAUUUGAUCUAUGGUAUUUAAGUUUAAUAGAGGUGUAAUUUCUUGUUACUGUAUGACUGUAGGCUACUCCAGCAGACUUCCACUCAAGCUAGCUAGCUGUUCCUGUACUUGUUAAAUGAUUUUGGGGCCAAUAUCUCUAACUAGCUCAGUUUAUGUACCACCACAGUCUCAUAAUGAACCGAAAAUAUUUCUCCGUUAGCCGUGAUGCUCAUUUUCUCUAUGUUAAGUCCCAUUCAUUUAUGCUGACAACAUAUGCGAUCCGAAUUGACCUUUUUUGUGAUCUGUAAAGUUCAACUAGCAAAAACUAAAUCAAAACAUGUAGUUUCCUCUGCCUUCUGUGCUGCUAGCCAUUCUGUUGUCAAACAAAAAUGUAGGUUAUAGUUUGAUUUAGCAUGCUGAUUGAGUGUUCAUUAAUUCAUCUAGCCUAUUUCUAUUCAUUUGUCCAUCAGUAAAAUAUUUUUAAAGACUACAAUUGUUUAGCUGACUAUUUAUGUCUGUGUGUGGCAUUGCAUUAGUGUUUUACAAGCUUCUCAUCUUAUUCUACAGAAUAAGGUGGACGGUGUCCAACUUUGAAUAAUCCAAAAAAUUGUCAAAAUUUCCAAACUUCCCAAGCUUUACUUCCCGUGCUAAAUUUCCAGAAAGUUUCCGGAAAUUUACCGAAAACUUUCCACCCCUUUGCAACCCUAAUCAGGCUUGUGCAAAAUUCAAAAUUUGGAAUUUCAAUUGAAUUAAUUUAAAUAAUUUACAUUCAAAUGAAAUUGGCUCCACCCACACAACAUGUUGAAUCGGAAUUGGAAUUAUAUUUCCAGGAAGUAGAAUUUAAUUAAUUGCAAUUCAGAGAAAUUCCUUUAAGCCUAAUUCCAGGAAACGUGUCAUGUCUAACAAAGGUUUUGCCCAAAAUGCUAAAAAUGUAAACACUAAAAUGAAAAAUUUGGAAUACUUUGAUAAAGUAAAGCAUUCUGGCAAAUGAAGUAUUUUUCCAUUAUUCUUUGAUGAAGGAUUUUCAUGGAUGCAGAUAAAACCUGUAAGGUGAAUCUUCCAAAGUUAUACGAAAUACAUUCUUAUAUUAAAGUGAACAAAACCAAGAUCUCAUUACUAUUUUUUUUUACCUUGAAGAAAAGGCUAACAAGCAAACUGGAGAGAUGGGUCGAUUAGUGAGGUCCUUGGGUCUGGCGCAGGACAUUAAACUUGACUAAAUGGAGGGAAAAGUCAUAACAAUGUUUACAUAAAUAAACUUGCGAAAUAACCAUUACUUUCAGCAGAGGUGAGCUACACCUCUGGGGUGAGGCUGUUUUCAGACACACUACACAAGGAAGGAGGCUGAAGUGACAGCCAAAGCAGGUAUGAUUUAUAUCUUACUCUCUAAAGACUAUUUGACUGCACUAGGGUUGUACGGUAUACCGGUAGCCUACUAGUACAAUACUACGAUACUAAUUAAUCAUAUUUAAUAAUAAUAAAAUAAUAGAUUUUAUUUGUAAAAAGCACUUUACAUUGAGCAAACAAUCUCAAAGUGCUACAGUAUAUUGAAAAAAAAAUAAUAAAUAAAAAAAAGAUAAUUUAAAAAAAUAAAAACUACAACAACCUAAUAGCUAGAACUACUACACAUAUAUCUAUGAAAAGGCUUUUUUUUAAAGAAGGGUUUUUAAGUGGUGCCCUCAGGUGGUCAGGGAGAGCAUUCCACAGACUGGUAGCAGCGGAGCAGAAAGCCCCGUCUCCCAUAGUUCAUAUUUGGUACUAUACUGCUUCUAAAAAGUACCGGUCCCCGCCACUCUUUUUUUUUAACGGGCGUGACGGCGCGUCGUCGUCACGUCGUGACAUUGCUGGUUUUACGAGCAGAGGAGCAUGUUCGGCAGCGCACAAUCACGGAGUACUUACGAGCGGACAAUGUGUGUAGACAGAAAAGGGAGAAUGGCUUUAAGACAUGGCUAGCUAGCUAGUAGCUAACGUCCAGCCGCAGUCUGCAGUGUUGUAGCUACUUCUAAAUCACUAAUCCUCGCCUCUGUGGCGACAAAUAAAGUACGUUUAUUACAAGUAUCAUCCCUGCAGGACGAGGAAUAGCUAAACAUGCUUCACUACACACCGUAGCUCACCGGCAUCACAAUGUAAACAAACGCCAUGGGUGGAUCUACACCUGACAUCCACUGUAAUGAUACCAAGUAUAGGAGCGUAUCUAGUCGAUACUACUAUGAUUACACCGAUAUUUUUUUAGCAUCACAAAAUCUUUUUUCGUUUUUUUAAAAUGUAUAUUAUUUUUAUAAACUCAGGAAAUACGUCCCUGGACACAUGAGGAUUUAUAUUAUGACCAAUGUAUGAUCCUGUAACUACUUGGUAUCGGAUCGAUACCCAAAUUUGUGGUAUCUUCCGAAACUAAUGUAAAGCAUCCCAACAACAGAAGAAUAAGUUAUUAUUACAUUUUAACAGAAUUGUAGAUAGAACAUGUUUGAAGAGAAAGUAAGCAGAUAUUAACAGUAAAUGAACAAGUAGAUUAAUAUUUCAUUUUAUAACUGUUGUCCCUCAUAAUUUUGACAAAAUAAUAGGAUAAAUGACACAAUAUGUUACUGCAUAUGUCAGCAGCUAAAUUAGGAACCUUCGUUUGUUUACUUACUAAUAAAAGAAAAGUUGUCUCUUAUGUUCACUAUUUUAUUUAACAACAAAAUUGCAAUAAGAAACAUAUCUUUAAUGUACCAUAAGAUUUUGUGUUAAAAUAAAGCCAAUAAUGCCAUUUUUGUGGUCCCCUUUAUUUAGAAAAGUAUCCAUCCAUCCAUCCAUUUUCUA